UGGUCGCGCACACAGGCUGCAGAAUUCAUUAUGUGAGAAAUGAGAGGGGCUUGGUUGCGCUUCUUCUUUACGCUUCGCCUGCCUCGGCAGUGAAACUGACAAAGACCCCGGCGCUGGCUAGCACUUCUCCAGCCUGCAUUCCGCGUCGCCCCCCUUCACCUCCCGCUCCGAGAAUGCUUGUUAUUUUUACUCGUUCUUUCUGAGGAAAGGGAGUCUGUGGGGGGGGGGACCUUCCUGGGACAAGGCGACGCAACACGAUUCGUGGGGCAGGGUGGAUUAAGAAACCGCUCGCCGAGGAGAGGAGCAGGGGGGGGAGGAUGACCCGCCGAUAGAGACCCCCUGCUACACCACGGAGCAACACUGCUGCUUUCGGAAACACGAGGGGACCAACACAUCCAACUAAACAAAGAGGGCGAAGACAUCACCACGACGGCACGAUGCGAAAAAACACCGGGAUAAUCUGAAUGUUCAGUUAGUCUUUCAGACACCAGCCAGCCCGUGGAAGGCGUGAAACAUCACAAUGAUUCAUAAAGCCCAGUGGUGAUCAGGGCAGCGGAGUAACGGAGUGGACAGCACAUUCAUUCUCCACCCCAGCCUACAAGCCGGGUCUUGAUUUUGAUUUAUUUUUGUAUUUUGUUUUUUUUUUCUGUCAUUGAAGCUUCCCUGGAUAAAUCUUUCCUUUUUGUUUCAACACACACCAUGGGGAAGUGUAACGGCAGAUGUACUCUGGUUGUCAUAUGCGGUCUGCAACUGGUAGCGGCCCUGGAAAGACAGAUUUUUGAUUUCCUGGGCUACCAGUGGGCGCCGAUAUUGGCUAACUUCCUCCACAUCAUGGCGGUCAUUCUGGGCAUCUUUGGCACCAUGCAGUACAGAUCUCGUUACCUCAUCCUGUAUGCGUUGUGGCUGGUGCUGUGGGUGGGAUGGAAUUCGUUCAUCAUCUGUUUCUAUCUGGAGGUGGGACAUCUCUCUCAGGACCGGGAUUUCCUGAUGACCUUCAACACCUCAUUGCACCGGUCCUGGUGGAUGGAGAAUGGACCGGGCUGCCUGGUCACCCCAGUGCUCAACUCCAACUUGGCACCAGAUGACCACCAUGUGAUCACAGUGUCAGGCUGCCUGCUGGACUAUCAGUACAUUGAGGUGGUCAGCAGUGCUCUGCAGGUCUUCCUGGCUCUCUUCGGCUUUGUGUACGCAUGUUACGUCAGCAAAGUGCUGCUGGACGAUGAGGACAGCUUCGAUUUCAUUGGCGGGUUCGACUCCUACAGCUACCACCCCCCUCAGAAGACAUCUCACCUUCAGCUGCAGCCUCUCUAUACGUCUGGGUAACUCGUCCAGAUUAAGAACACUCACACCCUCUGGGAAAUCCCUCUGAGCUGAAAACACAGGUGGAUGGUGGUGGUGGGUCUUUCUGCCAUCUCCAGUGCAUGAGAACUGAGGUCUGGGGGAAGGCAGCGCUGCAACUUUUUUUUUAAAUUGUACAAUUGUGUUAUUACCUCUGCCACUUUCCUGAGCGAACGAUAACAUGGAGGAGAGGUCAACCCGGGGAGUGUAUGAGUGCCACCUGCUGGAAGCCAGGCUGAACUGCACCACAUAUGAAUAACAGAGUUCACUCCCAGCCUUCAGACAGAACUAAGCUCUUCAAAACCACAUUGAGGACCAAGCUGAGGAAUAACAUCUUUUUUAUUUUAUUUUCUAAAUGUGUCAGAAUGUAUUUUUUGUUGUUUUUAUUCUGUGUGGUAUAGAUACUUUUUCAAUGCAGAUUUAACAGGGUUAUAGAUGUGAGGGUGGGUGGGCUGGGUUAUGUGAAGCCUUUACUAGUGCAGAGUAUUUUACUGGUUUUUCAUUACACAUCUUCCCAGUGGUUAACAGUCGUUCUGACAGACCAGAAGUGUGGGAUGAAAAAAGAUAAACAUUGAUACAUUCACAGACAAAAAAACAGACAGUGACUUAAUAAAAACUUCCAGGUUACCAUACCACAUUUUCAGACCCUGCCAUGUUCAGACAGCCUUGCAGGAUUCAAACUGAUGUUUUUAUAUUCGUUGGUUUUACAGGUAAAUCCUUGUAAAAUCACAAUUCAUAUUUGUGAGGAUGGAUUGCUCCAGAAUCCAAAAAGUAACCUAAAGAUUUAACCUUGGAGAUCCUGGAUUGAGCGAAGCAUGUUUGUAAUUCACCCUGGCUCUCUGUAAACACUUUCUGCACAUGAAAAUCAAUUUCAGCUCCUUGCACAGCUCUGAAAGCUCGUGUUCUGAAAGGGGGUGGGAACAGAGCUGUGCUGAUACGUGACAGAAAGUCUUCAGGUCCUGUGAUGGCCCGGGGAACAGGAUGCUGGUAUUGAUCGCAGGUUCAAGUCAAGGCGGCUCUUGAACUGUGGAGCAGUGAGAGCUGAAUGAAAGGAAAAUGAAUAAACCUCUACCCAUAGCCCCGCUUUAGCGGAUUAUAGGUAUAUUUGUAGCUGUAGCUAUAGUUUAUUAACCCUUUGCAGUUCAUUAACUUGAGACGUGCUGGCCUUGUUUGACUGAUAGGAGCACUCAGUACUAUGGCAAAAUGUUUUUCAGAGUAAAUCAGGGAUAUAUUCAAUAAAUCAAGCAUUACAGAAUGCUCAGUGAGCAAACGCAGUAACAGAAUGCUCCUUUAUUUAACCUUUGGCUAACAAUGUCAGGAGGUGCCUCUCCAGGUCUCUCUACACUGGAAGCUUAAAAACUGAGGAACCGAUUAAUGUAAGGAGAUACCCAGUUGUCCCUUUUCCCCUUAAAAGACAUAACAAACACUUAAUGCAAAACCUAUUUGACCAUGUUGACUGCAUGGCUACAUUCCCUGCCUUUUCUUUCUUCUUCAGUCUGCUCAUGUCAGUCCCAAUGGGGCCAGGAGAUCUGAAGAGUCGAAAACAAGACAAAUUGAUAUUUUUACAGAUUCGUUUCUUUGCUUUUUAUUUCCAGACGGUGGUGGUGUUGUACACACGCUACUGUGAAGUCAUUAAUUUAUGUAUCUCUGUGAUUCAGUUUCUCUGUUUACAAAACAUCUAAACAAUACGAUUCUCCAGUUAUGAUUGUUAAGAUUUAUCUUGGCCCAAUUAAACAUAGUAAAUUAUACACACUGAUCCUAAUUCUGGCAGAUUAACAUGUUCAGGUCUGGACAUGAAUAUAUUUUGUUUUUCACUCACCACUGUUAUCUCCUAACCUUAUUGACAGAGGUUCAAUAACCUCUGUCAAAGUGUCUCGGCACAGUGCUCUGCUAAUUGAAUGCACGCUAUUGGAACUAAAAAAGGACACACUAGAACAAUAACCGAGUUGUUGUCUGUGAUCUCACUAUUUAGAUCUAGAUUAUCUUUCUGCUGUAACAUUUCCAAAAACAUGAGGUUUGUCUGUGAUGCUGUGUAGUUCAAUGUGGACACAAUUUCUCACACUUCUUUGUGUGAAUUGCUGAUGGGCACAUUUUUAAGAGGAAAGGGCAGAUGUUUCUUUUUUUCUGUGUAUUAUGAAUGGUACAAUGGCUCCCUCUCCUGUCCAGAGUCUGUUCAAUCAGUCAGUGGCUGCUCAGGACUAAACAAGAUAUCAUUUGGUUAUGUGGGACCAGGUUUGGACUGCAAAGGGUUAAAGAACAGAGUCACACAAAGCCAGUUGCGUGUGUUUUAGAAUUCUAGGGAGUCUAGAACUCUUGGUGUUUAGCUAUGACUUUCUAUGCAGUAUCCACUUUACUAUGUGGAGGUUCUGAAGUGUCACAUCUGGAUCCAGACUGCAAUCCCUAAAUAGACUGAGUGUCGCAAGUCAUAAAAAAAGUUAGUUUUUAUUUAAACUGAAUGAAACAUGAAAGUAGAGGGAGACAGUUUAUUUGUUCAAUUUGUGGAGUCUUCAUUGCCAUACUGACUUGACCAGACCUUAAUAUGCAGGUUGUCUUCGGGCAUUAGGAGAAUCAGUCACUGCAUCUCUCAUUUUAAACUGGUCCCACAGACGCUUCACAAAACGUUUCCCUGGGAUGGAUAAUGCCAGAAGAGAAUGAACAGUUGACUGAGAUGCCCUCAGAAUUGCUGGAAACAAAAGAUUAGCUUUGAAAAUCAGACUCAUGCCAGUUGUAGGAGUGUUAUUGGUCUGUGCUCUGGUGCUUCCUCAUUGUCACUGGGGAGUUCUAAGCAGCUCUUGUAUAAUAUAAGUAUGUGACUUGAAUUGGGCUUUUGGUUUCGUUGCACCUGAUCUUGAAAUCAUUGAUUUUGAUUUUAUGUUCAAAUAAAUUGAUAUGGAACAGGUUAUUGAUAUCAAUGAGAACUGUACACCUUAAAGACUACAACUGGUCAACUAUAUGAAUUACAAGCAUAUAGUGAGGGAAACGCAUUGUGUCCAAACCACUGUUUUUUCCUUAAUAUUUCAUUAAACUGACCACCCAAUCAAAUCCAGCAACAAGGACACCAACAGUAAUACUGCCAUUUAAAGGGAGCACAGCUGUUUGUGUUUGAAGAUAAAUCUGACACUAUUUUGACUUGCUCUCAAACAGGAUAGAUCAAUCUUUUCUUGUUUUUCUAUUCUGUCCUGCAAUGGGAAUGAGUGUCAUAAGUGCCAAAAGAGUGAAAUGUACUGUAUGUCACAGAAAUAGUGAGCAUUCUGAAGCUUUGUUCUUUGUGAAUUAUUCAGAUAUCUUCCAGGUUGUCUUGGAUGAUCAUUACAGGUCAUCCCUAAAUGAAGUGGAGGACAGAUUCCACAGGCUUCCUAAAGCUGAGUGGUUUACCUUUAUUGUACUGUGUCUAACAGUGACUUUGGAAUGGAUGGAAGACUAAAUUAGACCUUGUUUAGAACUGUCCUGGGAAAGAGAGCAAGUCCUAUUGGCCUCCAGUGAGGUUGGGAGAGAGGGUCCUUAGAGAAACAGAGCCUUUCUUCAGCUGUUUAUUGAAGGAUCCCAGAAUUUUGGCUUCAACAACCUGUCUGGACAUCCACUUUUUGGGUGAAGAAGUGACCAGAUGCCCAGGGGAUUUCUGAUGAAGCACUUCUUUUUAACUUUGUGACUAUUAGGAGCAGGCAGAGCUGGGACAUCCUCUCAAUACCCCCAGCUAAUCCAGUGAACUCCAGUGUGCCUGUUGGUCACAAUAGCGCACCAGAGACCAUGCAUGGAGGUGCUAUGAUAUCCGAAUAACACUCAGGGGUAGCCCUCCUCCUUCUGUACCAUCACAUGAAAAAUGCACAAAAACACAUUUGGGGGGACCCCAAACCCCAGCUAGCUCUUAGUUGUCCCAUUGGCCACCCCCACCAAACAAAACCUGCUGUCCAGGCCAUGUGCCAGUGUGGCAUAGCUUGUUCUCUGCCUGAGAAUCUGUGUAAUCCCUGUAGAGGGGGUGAGAUAUUUAUGGGAGCAGGCGUAAAGCAAAAAUAUUUUUUUUUAAAUAAAUCCGUGAUCGGGACAGGUACAGCUCCGCUCUGUCGGGUUCGGAUCAUUGUCGCAUUGUCGAUCAUUGGGCUCACAGCCACAUAGUGCUACUGGGACAGACAAAGACAAACCCCACCGUGAGAGAAUUCUACACUAUCUAGGUUUCAAGGCGGGUGAUGUAACCAUCUGUAACAGGCUCUGUGCCACUCAGUUCUGCUCUGUUACAUCGCACAGAACGUUGUUGUGCUGUCUGAUUUGAUAGACAGUCCGCAGAGAUGACAAGUCAUUUAUGAUUGAUAGGAUUGCAGUCAUGAUUAAUUGCACUAAAUCUCACAAACUCAUUUAAAAAGCUUAGAAAAGUACUGUGUACGGAUAAACUGGCUCCCAAUGAAUUUCAUGUAUUGAAAAUUAAAGUUCAGGUAGGACAUUAUCAUCCUGAAAACCCUUAUGCACAUUACAGAAUGUGUCCAUACCACCAGUACCGAAGACUUCACAGCCAUUUCCUAUUCAGUUCAGUUUUUUUGUCAUAUGCACAAGUGCAAUGAGAUGCUUAUUUGCAAAUAGUAAAUUUUAUUUACAUUCUGUUACCACUCACCUCUCCACGGCACAGGGGACUUGAAAAAUGGAAAUUGGACACAAUUGGACAGUUUUUAGUUCCCAGGACAGUUCACUUAGUGUCUGGUCAGAAAUAUUUAAAACCUCAAGUUUGCAGCCUUUUCAAGCACAGAGUAUGUGCAACAAAAAUGUCCGGUGUGGUUUGUAUGUAAAUUUUAAGAAUAAAAAUCUAGAACUAGAUGUGAACAUGGAUCUGUAGUAGUGUUAGGACAAUGAAAUUGGGUCUAUGUGCAUGUUAAUAUUACAGUGAGCAAGAUCUGUCUUGCUUCUGUGAAAACUACUCCUGUCUGUCUUGGUUACCUGUGUGGCUGCUGUAUUACUCUCUGUCUGAAUUUACCCUGGUAUGACUAAGACACCUGUAGCGACUUCACUCAGAGUACUUGCUAUGAGAUUUCUCGGUAUGUUUCUAUUUACAUUUUAACAGAAUACUCAUCUAUUCUUUGUGGAAGAAAAACAAAAUGCACUGUUUCUUCUUGUGAAAUUUUCCCCACAGGUUCUCAGUUUAAAUGUUGACUGUUUAAAAGGAGAAAACAACAAAAAAAGACCAUUUAGUUCCUAUUACAGAAAUUACUACUCACAUAUUGUCUCAGUGCCAUUGAGACCUGUCCUUAGUCCUGCUUUUGAUCUACAGUAUGUUAAUCAAAAGAGGUUUGUUUUUGUUUAUUUUACUGUCUUGAGUGGUAGCACUCCUGAAAGUGAACUCUCUCGUCUUUUCAGGACAAGAAGAGCAUGGAUUAAAAAGACGUGAUGACCCGUUAA